CAGAAACACCCCAUUUCUCUUCCUUCCCCAACUCCUUUGUUGACUCAGAAGUAAAUACACCAAAUACAUUAAUUGAAAAGAGAGACGAUAAAUUAGAGCAACAGAAUCUCCCCUCUCCGCCAUCAACAUCUGCUGCCUCCCAACAACAGCAAAAAUCACCAUCCUUAGAACCGUUUGCUGUACCUGCACUACCAACACCAAAACAGAAGGCCGUUCCUCUUUCGUCUAAUCGUCAGGAAGAACCAAAACUUUUGAAAAAAGAACAAGAAGAAAUACAAACUGAACAAGAAACUAAUUGUUUAAGUGCAGCUUCAACAUCUUCUCUUAAAACUGAGCAGACCAACGUUUCUCAAGUUCCUUGUACCUCUAUUAAUAACGAAAAACAAAACUUAAAACAACAAUUACCACCAACUUAUUUUCAAAGUACUUCAUUUGACGAGACCGAAGCUACAAGUAGCUCUAAACUAGAAAGCUUUGAAGUCUUUCUAGAUAAAGAGAAAGGUAAAUCGACUGGGACUUCGGAGGUGCUAGCAAAGUCUAAACGUUUGUCUUUGCGUGUAAGUUCAGCAGCUGCUUCUCAAUUCAAUCGGCUUGCUUUACACCACUCCAAAGCCUUGAAUAUAUUAGGUAUUAACUCUAUACAAUUAAAAUCAUCUCUCAACUGUUUAUCACCAGUUAUUCAAAUUGUUGAUAAACGGGCUUCUUUUGAUUAUCUUUCGCAAAGAAGAGCGCGUCUUCAUCAAUUAAGGAGUCAAAAACAAACCCUCAUUCAGCUUAUUCAAAAAGAACAACUGGAGGCAGUUGCAGCCUUACACCAACGGAACUCGCAAAGACAUCAAGUUACUUAUUUACCUGGAAAGACAGCAACACCAAACGUUGCUGGGGCUUCCAUGUCAAGUGUUGCACAGACGUCUAAAAAGCGUUUAGUGCCAGUUUCUGCUGAAUCUUCACCUCAUUUAAAUUCACAACAUCAUGUCCAAAGACAACAUAAUUCCUCCUCAUCCUCUUCAAAUUCAACAACUCCACAGCAGAGAACACCACCUUCACAUCCCUAUUGCCCAGUACAACCUUCUUUUUCUUCCCCUUCAUCAACAUCUAUUCUUCAACAACAAAAUGAACAUCAACAGCAUUCUAAUAAAAAUAAAAACAACGAUGGUUCAUAUUUAAUGCAUUCAGCGCCAAUCUCACAACAACAACAUUCUACUAUUAAUACGCAGAAUCAAACUUUGGCAAGUGCUGGUGCUGCUGAAAAUAGCCCCCUUCUAGUCAAUUUAUUGAACAAUAAUGCUUCUUCCCCUGCUAUUCAACAAACACAGAAACCACAACAAAUUCUACAGCAAAAUGUUACGCCUUUACCUCAACAGCAACAAAUGAUGAUGAUUAAGCAACAGCAACAAAUGGCAGCUCUACAACAACAACACCCCAAUGCAAUGGGCCAAGCACAACAAGUGAAUUCACAUCAAUAUGGUGUUCCAAUGAAUCCGCAACAACAUCAGCAAAUGUAUCAGCAACAACAGCAAAGGUUGGCUCAACAACAAUCAAUGAUGUAUAGUGUUGGUCCAUCAGGGGUGAUAAAUAACACUCCACAACAACAUUACAUGAUUGUUGGUUCUCCACCUACAGGCUCUUCCCCAUCACAAUAUCAUCGCCAGGCUACGCAUUACGGUGCUAAUGGUCAACCAGCACCAGGUGGAAUCGUUGCUUCACCACCUGGCGCCCCGUCUCCUUAUUUUGGAAUGCCUACAAAUUAUGUGCCUCAACAAAUGAUUAUUCCAACUACUGGUGCCGAUAAACAAGGGUCAUCUGGUCAGAUGUUUUCUAUCGGUCCUCCGAUUAACAACACUCAAUUAACUGUGGAAGAGUUACCGAAGAAAAGAAAGCGAAUCUCUAAAAAGCAACAGCAGAAGGAGGAACGUGAACGCGAGCAGCGAUUGCGUCUCCAAGAGCAACAACAGCAGGCAGCAAUGGCUGCAUUUCGACAACACCAACAAAUGGCUUUUAUGCAGCAGCAACAACAACAGCAAAGAAUGGCUGCGGUGAAUGCUGGCAUACCUCAGCAAAUGUGUGGUGGUAUGGUGAUGCCUUCAAACAUGCAAAAUUGUCAAGUUCCACCGGGGCAAGUUAUUGCUGCUCAACAACAUUAUCAGCAGCAACAACAAACGUAUCAGCAGCAUUAUCUUGGAUUACCUGGACAACCUGCCAUACAAAAGCAAGAUACAAAUGUCAUUCAAAAUAAUAUGUCACCUUCUAUUUGCCCUUAUGGAACGCCUCAAAAAGGUUCACCGAUGCAACCUACUGGUGCUCCUAUGUCACAACAACAACAGUAUGUUGUCGCACUUCAACAGCAACAACAUGGGCAACAAACACUGCAAAAUCAAUGCUAUGUAUCUCCUCAACAACAAGCGCCAUGGGCAAACACACCUAAUCAAAUGUCUCAAUGCGGUAUGCAACAACAACAAAAUGCUUUAAACGAUUAUCAAUCUACUGCUGCCAUAACAAAUCAAUCUCAUUGUCAACAACAAAAUCCGCAACAAUUGGUUCAAUCACAGCAAGCCUUUCGAACUCCAGGAACUCCACAUUACUUUUCUCAAUCACCUGCUAGCGCUACACCUUUCUACUCUCCUCCACCAUCUCACAAUCAACAAAUGGUCGGGACACCAAUUGGUAAUGGAAGUGGAGGAGGAACUUGUGGUGGUAUGCAAGGAAGUGGGCCUGGACACUUAACACCUGUUUCUGCUACUGCUGGUGGGCCAACUCCUCCGCAUUCUGCUGGAAGUUUUGGAAAUCCACAACAUCAACAUUCAAGCACACCAGUUUUGGACACAAAUGUUGAACCACCAAAACAGCAAAACACAAUAGAUCAAACAAUUUCUUCUCAAAACCGCCACUUAAUGCAACAACAACAACAAAUGAUGGCUCAUAUGCAACAAUCAUCUCCUCAUGCUAAUCACGUUGAAUUUUAUCAACAGAGGUUUCAACAUCAGAGACAAUCAAUGGAAAAUAUCACUCAACAAACACAUCAGAAUUCUUUACAACAACAGCCACGAAAUUUCUCACAACUUUCGGAUUUUGCUGAAAGUGGUUUUGGUGAUGCAAAUGAUUUGAAUGUUCCGGGAAUUUUGGGUGAAGGAAUUGAUGAUUUGGAUUCGAUAGAACCAAUGCGUUAUGGAGGUGAACAUCAAAAUCAUAAUAAUUUAGAUCAAAGGCAGCAACAACAACUAGUUUUGCAACAAUCGGAUGAUUCGAAUCAACAGCAAAAUUUGUCAAAUAAUUUUUAUAGAUCCCAACCGUUAGUUCAACAACAAGGACAACAACAACAACCAAAACAAGUUGUUAAAAGGCAGUUACUUAAUUCUGAUCAAUGCGGGCAGCAAUGCAAAAAACAAAAACGAAAAUAUUCUGUACAUCAAUUACAAAAUGGAGUUGAAGAUGAAAGGAAGGAAAUGCUAGAAAUGACUAUAGAACAGAGGAACGUCGCAGAAAUGGCUCUCCUUCCUGAUCGUUCACCUCAGAUUGGUGAUACACCUUUAAGUCCAUCAAAAUUAAGUGAAACUCAAGAUCGAAAUGUGUCUGAUGCAAUUGCUACUGUGAUGGAAAGAGUGGCAAAGAAUGGUCCUGGACAAAAUUUUUCUUCCAAAGCUAGUAAUUUUUAGAAUAUUAUUUUUAAUUUGAAUGUAUUUUAUUAGUAAUUCAUAAAUAUAUAAAUAUUAGUUGAGAGUAAAAUGAAUUUAAGUUUAUUUUUAAUCAUCCAAAGAAAUUAAUAAUUAAGAUUUUAAAAUUCCAGAGUUCGACACUCAUGCAUUUUUUGUCAAAAUUUUUGGAAGUAGUAACUUUCGAGGAUACGAAAUAUGGCCCUGUUUAGAGUUUUAACAAAUAAAUACUCAACUAAUAUUUUUUUCUCUCAUUAUUCUGCCACAAAAUUACAAACGAACUCGUUUAAUUAUAUUUUUAUAGAAAGCAAGUUCUUUUCUAUUCACAUUUAUUUUUCACAAAUUUUUCACACAAAUUUGUAAACCGAAAUAAAUCGUUAUAUAUUUUUCUUGUUGUCCGCUAGCCCCUUUUUUGAAAAACUAAAAAGAAAAACACCUUAUUUUUCCGCGCAAUACUUAAAUAAAGCUAUUUUUUGUUUUUUUGUUUUCUUUUAUUUUUCUUCCUUUAAAAUUUCACUUUAUCUCGUUACUUUAAACCAAAUAUUUUUAAUAAACGCCAAUUGAUUUGCAUUUAUUUUUUUUUAGUC